AUGCAUUGGUUAUUUAUAGGAUCCGCCACUCUUUCACUAUUCCUUUCGACCUCAGCUCUAUUCCGCGGAAUUGUUGACCACGGCCACUGGAAUGAACUCCGAGGCCUCCCUCGUAGCGCCUCGCAAAAUGCCUCGCAGAUAAAAAGUUCAAGCCCCCCUAUGGUCAUCGACACUUUCCAAAACCUCACCCACAAUGACUUAGGGUUCUGGCAUGGCUCUGGCGAGAAUCUCACAGUGCAACAUGGACCGGGCUUCAUCCGUUUACUCCCAACAGAUCCGGACCAGAAUUUCCACACACAGUUUGACACCAAUCUAUGCUAUAGUCUGAUCCCCUGGUAUAACGAGUACUUGCAUGUCGAGUUUGAGGGCACAGAUCAAUUCAGCAUUUCGUUAAACCAGCACAAUGACGAAUGUAGCCCGCACCGCAGUCCCUUUCCCAGCGUUACAGACUCCGUUCAGGCAGAGCGGUACGUGAUGCAUCCCGCCUCUGAAGCCUCCGGCGAUGAUGAUGAUGACUGGGACGAUGACGAUGACUGGGAUGACGACGAUGAUAUGGACUUGGAUAAACGAAGAAGGAAUCAGUACAAGCAUGGACAAUGCAAAAGCUCCAGACGCAAGCAUCCCAAAGGAAAUUCCAGAAUCCCGACGGGUCGUCGUCAACUCUAUAUUCCUCUCAGUCAUUUCGCGGUCGAUUUCAAUCGGGUCGUGUCUUUCUCAUUCCAUGGCUUUUAUACUCAGGAAACGCUCACUCUUCAUCGUGUGGAGAUUGUGCCAGAUAUUCCACCACCAAUCCCAGAAAAUGGUCAUUAUCGUUUGCCUGGGAAGUUGCCCAGCGGGCGAUUGGUUCUGCGGUGUUCGCGUCCGAAUUCUUUUGCCUUUGGCAUUGAUGAUGGACAUCCGCAGUUCUCUCAGCGAGUCAUGCGCAUCCUUGACGAGGAGAAUGUCCGAGUCACUUUCUUUGUCGUUGGAGCAGGACUCAGGGAUCAGACGAGCAAUUUCACAGAGUUCUAUAAGGAAAUGUUGAGAAAGGGCCACCAGGUGGCGCUCCACUCGAAUACUCAUCCGAAGAUGGAAUCAUUGCCAACCCUCCGGGACAUUGAUAACGAGAUCAUUCAAGCUAUACAAGUGUUCAAGGAUAAGCUGGGAAUUGAGUCUUCAUACUUCCGUCCACCAUAUGGCACAGUAGGUGCCCGACUACGCCAGCAGCUAGCCCGGAACAUUCCAAACCCGUACAUUGUGAACUGGAGUGUGGAUGUCGAAGACUGGCUAUGGGCCAAUACCACCACACCAGAAAAGCAGCUCGAAGCAUUUUACCGGGGCGUAGGUAUGGGCGGGAACCUUGCUGUCAUGCACUACCUGAAUCCCACUACUAUCAAUUACCUCCCGCAAUUCAUCCGACACGUCAAGGGGGCCGGGUACCAGAUCAUGCGCAUCGACCAAUGCCUGGAGGAUUCAUCUGCUCCACCGUUGUGA